AUGUACAUUCUAUGGCACAAUUUAUUUAUCUCCCUUUUCCCUCUCGUUGACUCCUUUUCCAACUCAAACACUGUUGAGGACAAAAAAUGGAACCCUCCACCGGUCCUUGCCGAGCACAGCGGUGCGCGGACCACCUCAUCCAACCCCCACCCCGCAGGGCCGUCACAGUGCAAGCUGAAUGCGCAGGCAUUUUGA